AAACAUAAACUCUAGUGUGAUUAACUCUUACCAAACAAAAGAUCAUUAUUAUCACCAUGCUUGACCAACCCAAGAAGCUUCACAUUGCUAUGUUUCCAUGGCUUGCUUUUGGUCACAUAAUUCCAUUCUAUGAGCUUGCAAAACUCAUAGCUCAAAAGGGUCACAAAGUUUCAUUCAUUUCCACACCUACAAACAUCAAACGCCUCCCUAAACUACCUUCAAAUUUGCAACCUUUUUUGGAGUUCAUAGAACUUCCAUUGCCCCAGGUAGAAAAUCUCCCUCAAAAUGCAGAAUCAACUUUGGAUGUUCCACACCACAUAGUACCAUACCUUAAGAAAGCUUUUGAUGGUCUUCAAGGACCUUUGACUAAGUUUCUAGAGAGUUCCACUCCUCAUUGGCUCUUAUAUGACUUUGCACCUUUUUGGUUACCACCAAUAUGUUCUAACCUUGGUAUCUCAUGCAUUUUCUUUUCUAUCUUUUGUGCAUUUGUUAAAUAUUACAUUUUGGAUUCCGUUCUAAUAAGGGCACAUAGCAACUCCAUUGAAGAAAUAGCUAAGCCUGUGUAUGACUUCAUAAGUCAACAAAAUGAAUCUGGGGUCACAGAUGCAUUCAGACUCCAAGAAAUUGUCGUCGGAGCCGCCGCCGUCGCUAUAAGAAGUUGCACGGAGGUUGAAGGUGAGUCUCUAAAGAAUCUUGAACGUGUAUGCAAGAAACCAAUUAUACCGGUUGGAUUAUUGCCACCUUCACCACAAAGUAAUGAUGAAGACAAGGAUGAAAAUUGGCCCAAAAUUCUUAAGUGGUUAGAUAAACAAGAAAAAGGGUCAGUGAUUUAUGUAGCAUUUGGAAGUGAGGUUAAACUAAGUGAUGAAGAAUUCAAUGAGAUAGCUAUGGGAUUAGAAUUAUCUAAUUGUCCAUUUUUUUGGGCUCUAAAACGGAAAAAUAGUCCUAAUAACGAACCAAUGAAGACAAAUAAUAAACGUGGAAUUAUAUGGAAUAAUUGGGUACCACAAUUAAAAAUAUUAGCACAUAAGUCUAUUGGAGGGUUUUUGAGUCAUUGUGGUUGGAGUUCCAUAAUAGAGUCUCUUGAAUUUGGUUGUCCACUUAUUUUAUUGCCCUUCUCAAGGGAGCAAGAGUUGAAUGCUAUGGUUGCGGAAGGAAUAAAAGUAGGGAUAAAAGUGGAAAGAAAUGAAGAUGAUGGAAAAUUCACAAGAUAUUCUAUAGCCAAGGCAUUGAGAACUAUGAUGUUGGAAGAGGAAGGAAAGAGUUGUAGAAGCCAUGCAGAGGAGAAGAAGGUCAAGAUAUUUGGGAAGAAGGAGCUGCAUCAAAAGUACAUAGAUGACUUUAUUGAUUUUAUGGAAAUCCAUAGGCCUAACAUUAAUUAGGGGCUAGCACUCCAUUUCUAAUAUGUCUUAAU